AUGGUGGACAACAUCAAGCUGCUCAUGAUUGGUACGAGCUCAGAGGCAUAUCGAAUUGGAAACAAGGUUGCAAAAAUCUGUCACGUACUCCCAGAUGAUCCGGCGAUCACGCAACAAAAUCUAGAAGCAUGCCAGACUGAAGCUCUCGUGUACCAAAUCCUAGGAGAGCACCCUCGGAUUGUACGGUGUCUAUCGUGGUGCCCGUCACAGGGUCGGGUCGAACUUGAGUUCUAUCCCAACGGCAACUUGAAGGACUACCUUGAAAAGAACUAUUCGAGCACGACAGAAGUCGAUGAGAAACGCUGGGCUAUUCAAAUGAUCGAAAGCGUCUUCUACCUCCACUCAAAAGGCGUUAGACACGGAGACCUCCGGUUGGAACAGUGGCUCCUGGACGAAAGUAACGCUCGACUGGGCGAUUUCAACGGCUCCGGAUUCGAUGCCCAACCUGCUCUCGGCCUCAAGAGGAGGCCAGCACUGGGUCUCGAAUGUUCAAGCCACUGGCUACCACGUCCAGACGAUAACGACAGUUCUGAACAAACGCAUCUGUUUGCACUGGGCUCUUCACUUUAUGAGCUCAUGGCUGGUCAAAUGCCGUUUGCAGGUCUCGAUGACCAUACGAUAGAAACAAGAUACGCACAACGCAUCUUCCCAAAUACCAACCGGUUAUUGUUACGGAUCGAGAUUUCAAGAUGCUGGAAUCAAGAAUUUACAAGCGCGGGCGAAUUAUUGGAUGCUGCAAGGAAUACCCUCCUUUCUAAAGCCCUUCGAAUAUCUCCCAACACACUGGAAGUUGACAGAGAAGCGGUCUAA